GUCACUGAUGAUGCUCUGACCCUUAGUGAGUGCAGGAUUCUUCGUCUGCACCACGCUACACAAAUGCUGAAAAAUGUGAAAGCUGAGGAUUUCCCACCGACUAUGGAAGACAUGUUGAAGAUUCGACAGAAAGAAAUGGAAAUACAAGAAGCUGGAGUUGAACAGACCGACUCAGGGAUUCAUUGCAUGGCCAUGCAAAUAAAGGCAUGCUUGUUCCAGAGAGUGACUGGGAAAACCAGUGUUUUUCAUGACCACAGAAAUCAAUGUAUGUGGCUACUGUGCACUGUCUGCAAAAAAUGUCUGCAUUUUGAGUGUGCUGGUGUGGAGGGAGACUCGAAAGACUGGGAAUCAAAGGGUUUUGUUUGCGGAUGCAACCUUACAACUAAUGUAGGUGACAUGCUGGAGGCUGUUACAGUUACAGAAAUCCUUUCAGAUGAAGAAAUUAAGGAUUUGGAAAGAAAACUGCAGAGUGGACUUGUUCUCUCCAAUCGGAUGUAUCUGUGGAAUCACAGAGAAUUUGAUCCUGAACUUCGCAAACAUUACAGUGAACAUUUUACUUUAUUCAGUGACAUAAAGACAGAAGAAAUGAUCCAAAGACUUGAAAGAAUUCUGUCAACGCCAGUGGAGGAGCAGCUAUACCUUAGAGAGGUCAUUUUGCCAGAGGUUUUGAUUCGAUGGUUGCAAAGCAGCGGGAAAAUGUGCAGAUACCAAGCUGAAUCUAUACUUCUGGAGGGCACAUCUUACAAAGGCAUGGAAAUUACAAGAGAGACAACAGCUGGUGAUUCUGGACAAAUAGAAGAUGAAAACACUUUUCAAAGUGACUGCAAAGCUGCGGCUGCUUUUUGCUACAACAAGGACUUGGAUGGAAAAAUUGACCUUCAUGAGGUCAAAUUGGAAGAAGAAGAAACCCUGCAUGACAUGCAGAUCCAGGAGGGUGGUCACCAUGACGAUUCCCAAGGAGAAAAUGUCACAUUUGUAUAUCAAAAAAGCGAUGACAGUGACAGCGCUGAGACAGAACUUACAAUUUCUAAAGAAAUCUUAGCCAUGUUCAAGAAAGAAAAUGAAAUUCCUGACCUUAACCUUUCAGGCCCUAACUUUAUAAGUACUUGAUUUCUGGUUUAUGUUUGUUUCUCUUCAGUCUGUCUUUUGGGUGGCUGUGGCUCAGGAGGUUAACCAGGUCACCAACUAAUCAGGUUUUUGGUUUAAUCCUCAUCUGCUGCAGUCCUGCAUGCCAAAUAUCCUGGGGCAAGAUAGUAACCCCAAGUUGCUUUUAUAUGAAUGUGAAAGCAUGUACAUGUAAGAUAGAAUACACUUACAUAGGAAAAGCAUUUUUAACAAGUGUAUGGAUGAAGUAAAUUGUGCAAAAUCAUUUUAAAUGCUCAGACUUGAAGAACUAGUCCAUUUACCAGUCAGUGUCCAUUUGUCUACCUCUGAUUCCUGAGUACCGUGUCUGUGUCUGGCCUUAAUGCUCUGUCUACGUGAAUACCUUUGUUGUACCUUAUCCCUGUAUUUUCUCCCUUCCUGUUCCCAGGCUCAUCUCUCUGUCUUUUCCUCGGUGUCUUUUUCGGCAGGUGUUUUACCUGCUGCUUCGAAGCAUAGCCAGUCACAAGGAUUCACAUUUUUCUUUUAACCAGAGUCUUUAGGACCUGUAUUUAUUGAAUUGAUGCUUAUGAUACAACUGUGAAUGCAUGAAACAAAAUGUUGCACUCUCUCAUUGUUAUUUUUGCUGUGGACUGUAAAGACCAAAAUAGACUAUCCACUCACUGAAACACUGGAAUUCAAAGUGUAAUUAAACAAACAUUAUUUAAAUAGAUAGAAAUAAUAUAUAAACAUUUUACUUUAAUGAUUACUGGCACAUAGAUGAGAGAAAGCUAGAGACAGAGACUGGUGAGUGGGCUUCAUCCCCUCCCAUCAGCAGAGCAGAUCUAGUUUUUUCUACUUUCUGAUGUUCUACACACAUAAAGAAUAUAUUUAUAAAUUAAAAAAAAAAAGCUAAACAAACACAUUUAUCAAUUACAGGGGAUGUAUUUCUUAACAUUUUUUAUGACAAAUGUUUUUUUUUCUUUUCUCACUGAUGCUCCAUUUGUUAAUACCUCAAAAACAACAGGAGUAAUGCAGUUUCACUGUAGCCUAAACUCCAACCUCACCAUAAACAUCAUGCCAGUGUUACAAAACACACAGCAACCAAAGCAGUGUGAACUUCAUGCUAUUUCUUUUCUAGCAUAUACAUUGUGUUGACAUAGAGAUAUUCAUGUAUUUAAGCGCACAAAUUAGUAUGAGUGUGGGUGUUGUGUGUAUAUACUGUCUACAUCCCCCUCACUGUAUUUACAGUUUCUGUC